AUGGGAAGGGAAGCUAUGAAGAGAGAUUUUAGACGAGAGACGAUGAGGCCGACGAUGCACCGUAACUUUUUUGAUGAGAUUGAUUUCGAAGGAUCCUCAAUGGCUAUGCCGAUGGAUGUCGAUUAUGACUCCGACAACACGGACAUGCUUGACGACUUCGGCCAUGGAGAAGGAGCUUUCUCCCCCGCGAAGAAGCCGCCCAAAGACCCUAAAUUCUUCAACAGAUUCGAGGAUGACUUUGACGAUUCCGACAUCAACUGA